AUGGCUUCUGGUGUCAGUGUUAAUUCAGGCUGUGUGGACACGUACCAAGCGCUCAAGCUGAAGAAGAACCACAAAUUCAUCAUCUUCAACCUCAGCCACGAUCGCACCGAAAUCGUUGUUGAUCAAACCUCCGAAAGCAGCGAAUGGGACGACUUUACAUCAAGCCUUCCCGAAAAUGAACCACGCUGGGCCGUUUACGACUUUCACUACGAAGGGCCAGAUGGCGGGGCUAGAAACAAACUUGUCUUUGUCAGCUGGUCUCCCGAUACUGCCAAAAUAAAGGCCAAGAUGGUUUUUUCCUCAAGUAGAGACGCUCUUAGACGAGCGCUUGUGGGCAUCGGGGCAGAAAUUCAGGCCACUGACUACAGCGAUAUUACAUAUGAAGAAGUACUGGGGAAGGUCAGCAGGGUUCGCUGA